AUGUCGUCCAAGCAGUCGCAAGAGCAGCAGUCCCCCAUGAAGAAGCGUCGAAACUCCCCGAACAAGAAUGUGCGGUAUCCAUUCUGGUUUGGAGGCAGCGCAAGCUGUUUCGCAGCUGCUUGCACACAUCCUUUAGAUCUCGAAGAUCCGCAAUUGCUAAGCAAGCUCACUCAGGUCCGCCUCCAGACCCGCAAGCCAGACAUGCCCAAAAGCAUGGUCGGCACCUUCGUGCAUGUCUUCAAGCAUAACGGCAUCCUGGGCCUCUACAGCGGUCUCUCUGCUUCCCUCCUCCGCCAAAUAACCUACUCCACAACCCGCUUCGGCAUCUACGAGCACCUCAAGUCAUCCUCCAGCACCGCUCCUACAGUCCCGGUCCUCAUCGCCAUGGCGUCGGCAUCUGGAUUUCUCGGAGGAAUAGCAGGCAAUCCAGCAGAUGUACUGAAUGUACGCAUGCAGCACGACGCGGCGCUACCUAUGGCGGAGAGGAGGAAUUAUAAGAAUGCGGUUGAUGGCUUAAUACGGAUGACGAAGGAGGAGGGCACCAAGAGUCUAUUUAGAGGCGUUUGGCCGAAUUCUAUGAGAGCGGUACUUAUGACAGCGUCGCAGCUAGCUUCGUACGAUGGCUUCAAGGCGCUGUUGCUGGCCCACACGCCUCUUUCGGAUAACCUGACUACGCACUUUUCCGCGUCGUUCUUGGCGGGGUUUGUGGCUACUACUGUGUGUAGUCCGGUGGAUGUGAUCAAGACGAGGAUUAUGAGUAGUCAUGAAAGUAAGGGGUUGGCGAAACUCUUGGCGGAUGUGUAUAAGUUGGAGGGAGUGGGGUGGAUGUUUAGAGGUUGGGUUCCUAGUUUUAUUAGACUAGGCCCGCAUACCGUGGCUACCUUCUUAUUCUUGGAACAGCAUAAGAAGAUGUACAGAAAGUUGAAGGGGAUUGAUGAACCGGAAGCUUUUCCUUCUGCUUGA